UGUUCUGCACUACUGGGCUCAAGGGCGCGGCAGUUCCAGUGUCCUCUGGCGGCGAGUGGAGCAGGUGAACAGGUCCUCACUCUCAGCUCCGAGCCCUCAGGCGCUCUCACCCGGGCCCCCGCUGCCUCUCGCAGUCAUGGGCCCCGGGCCCAAUCGCGCGCCUCACGCCCCGCGCCCGAUGCUCUGCGCACUCGCCUUGAUGGUGGCGGCCGGCUGCCGCGUCGCCUCCGCCUUCAACCUGGAUACGCGAUUCUUGGUGGUGAAGGAGGCCGAGAACCCGGGCAGCCUCUUUGGCUACUCGGUCGCCCUCCAUCGGCAGACGGAGCUUCAGCGGCGCUACCUGCUCCUGGCUGGUGCCCCCCGGGAGCUUGCUGUGCCCGAUGGCUAUACCAACCGGACCGGUGCCGUGUACCUGUGCCCACUCACUGCCCGCAAGGACGACUGUGAGCGUAUGGACAUCACAGAGAAAAGUGACCCUGGCCAUCACAUUAUUGAGGACAUGUGGCUCGGGGUGACAGUGGCCAGCCAGGGCCCUACAGGCAGAGUCCUGGUCUGUGCCCACCGCUACACUCAGGUGCUGUGGUCAGGGUCAGAGGACCAGCGGCGCAUGGUGGGCAAGUGCUAUGUGCGAGGCAACGACCUGAAGCUGGACCCUACUGACGACUGGCAGACUUACCACAAUGAGAUGUGCAACAGCAACACUGACUACCUGGAGACAGGCAUGUGCCAGCUGGGCACCAGCGGUGGCUUCACACAGAGCACCGUGUACUUCGGUGCCCCUGGUGCCUACAACUGGAAAGGAAACAGCUACAUGAUUCAACGGAAAGACUGGGAUUUAUCUGAGUAUAGUUAUAAGGACCCAGAGGACCAAGGAAACCUCUAUAUUGGGUACACGGUGCAGGUAGGGAGCGCCAUCCUGCACCCCACGGACAUCACCAUUGUGACAGGUGCCCCACGGCACCGACAUAUGGGUGCUGUCUUCUUGCUGAGCCAGGAGGCAGGCGGAGAUCUGCGGAGGAGACAGGUGCUGGAGGGCACGCAGGUGGGCGCCUAUUUUGGCAGCGCCAUUGCCCUAGCAGACCUGAACAAUGAUGGAUGGCAAGAUCUCCUGGUGGGCGCCCCCUAUUACUUUGACAGGAAAGAGGAAGUAGGAGGUGCCAUCUAUGUCUUCAUGAACCAGGCAGGCACCUCCUUCCCUACCGACCCCUCCCUCCUCCUUCAUGGCCCCAGUCGCUCUGCCUUCGGCUUCUCUGUGGCCAGCAUUGGUGACAUCAACCAGGAUGGAUUCCAGGAUAUUGCUGUAGGAGCUCCCUUUGAGGGCUUGGGCAGUGUGUACAUUUACCACAGCAGCUCCAGGGGGCUCCUCCGACAGCCUCAGCAGGUAAUCUACGGAGAGAAGCUGGGAUUGCCUGGCCUGGCCACCUUUGGCUACUCCCUGAGUGGGAAGAUGGACGUGGAUGAGAACUUCUAUCCAGACCUGCUAGUGGGGAGUCUGUCAGACCGCAUCGUGCUGCUGCGGGCCCGGCCUGUCAUUAACAUCGUCUACAGGACCUUGGUGGCCAGGCCAGCUGUCCUGGACCCUGCACUUUGCACAGCCACCUCCUGUGUGCAGGUGGAGCUGUGCUUUGCUUACAACCAGAGUGCUGGAAACCCCCACUACAGGCAAAACAUCACCCUGGCCUACACUCUGGAGGCUGACCGGGACCGCCGCCCACCCCGUCUCCGCUUUGCCAAGAGUCAGUCAGCUGUCUUCCAUGGAUUUUUCUCCAUGCCUGAGAUGCGCUGCCAGAAGCUAAAGCUGCUCCUGAUGGACAAUGUCCGUGACAAACUCCGGCCCAUCGUCAUCUCCAUGAACUAUUCUUUACCUCUGCCUAUGCCCGAUGGCCCCCAGCUGGGGCUGUGGUCCCUGGACUCCUACCCAGUCCUCAACCGGGCGCAGGCUCUGGAGAACCACACUGAGGUCCAUUUCCAGAAAGAAUGUGGGCCGGACAACAAGUGCGAGAGCAACUUGCAGAUGCGGGCGGCCUUCCUGUCGGAGCAGCUGCAGAGGCUGAGCAGGCUCCCAUACAGCAGAGACGUUCGGAAACUGUACCUGGGCAUCAACGUGACCAAUGCCCGGAGCUCGCAGAGGGCCGGGGAGGACGCCCACGAGGCGCUGCUCACCCUGGCGGUGCCUCCAGCGCUGCUGCUGUCCUCCGUGCGCCCGGCUGGGGCCUGCCAAGCUAACGAGACCAUCCUUUGUGAGCUGGGGAAUCCCUUCAAACGGAACCAGAAGAUGGAGCUGCUCAUCGCCUUUGAGGUCACUGGGGUGACCCUGAACACAAAGGACCUUCAGGUGCAGCUGCAGCUCUCUACGUCAAGUCACCAGGACAACCUGCAGCCCAUGACCCUGACUCUGCCAGUGGACUACACACUCCAGGCCUCACUCAGCAUGGUGAAUCACCGGCUACAAAGCUUCUUUGGAGGGACAGUGAUGGGCGAGUCUGGCAUGAAAACUGUAGAGGAUGUGGGAAGCCCCCUUAAGUAUGAAUUCCAGGUGGGCCCAAUAGGGGAGGGGCUAGCAGCCCUGGGGACCCUGGUCCUAGGCCUGGAGUGGCCCUAUGAAGUCACCAAUGGCAAGUGGCUGCUGUACCCCACGGAGAUCACUGUCCAUGGCAAUGGGUCCUGGCCCUGCCUGCCACCUGGAGACCUUAUCAACCCUCUCAACCUCACUCUCUCUGACCCUGGGGACAGGCCGCCAUCUCCACAGCGCAGGCGGCGACAGCUAGACCCAGGAGGAGGCCAGGGCCCCCAACCUGUCACUCUGGCUGCUGCAAAAAAAGCCAAAUCUGAGACUAUGCUGAACUGUGCCACUGGCCGCGCCCGCUGUGUGUGGCUAGAGUGCCCCAUUCCUGAUGCUCCUGUUGUCACCAAUGUGACUGUGAAGGCACGGGUGUGGAACAGCACAUUCAUUGAGGAUUAUAGGGACUUUGACCGAGUCAGGGUAGAUGGCUGGGCUACGCUCUUCCUCCGAACCAGUGUCCCUACCAUCAAUAUGGAGAACAAGACCACGUGGUUUUCUGUGGACAUUGACUCUGACCUGGUGGAGGAGCUGCCAGCUGAGAUCGAGCUGUGGCUGGUGCUUGUGGCCGUGGGUGCGGGGCUGCUGCUACUGGGCCUGGUCACCCUCCUGCUGUGGAAGUGUGACUUCUUUAAGCGGACUCGCUAUUACCGGAUCAUGCCCAAGUACCAUGCGGUACGGAUCCGUGAGGAGGAGCGUUAUCCACCUCCAGGGAGCACCCUGCCCACCAAGAAGCACUGGGUGACCAGCUGGCAGACUCGGGACUGAUACUACUGACAUCCUUCCUGUUCCAUCCUCCUCCUCCCCCAGUGUCCCCUUUCUUCCUAUUUAUCAUAAGUUAUGCCUCUGACAGUCCACGGGGGCACUGCCUUUGGCUGGCACCAGCAGGCUCAGGCACACACACCUCUUCAAGUGCAAGCUUGUGCUAUCUGGCCACAGGCAUUUCCCCGCAGCAGGGCUGGAGCUGUGGACCUAGCAAUGCCUGUGUCCUAGACACACGUGGGGCCCACUGCUUGUGGAUUGUGAUUAUGCACCAAGGAUGGUAUGUGGACAUGCCAUGUCUAGCCUCAGCCUGUGCCAAAACCAAGUCAAAGUCCGCCACCAGAGCCAGGAGGAAAAGGCCCCCAACGUGGUGACACCUCCCCCUUUCACACUGGAUCCAUCUUGAGCCACAGUCACUGGAUCGACUUUGCUGUCGGGAUAAAACUACUGACAAGGAGCAGCCCACUGGGCCCCCAGCUGCCGCUUAUCGACACCCAGAGAGCUGGGGGUCCUGCCAAAUGUUGUCCAGGAGGCAUUUGCAGGACCAGAUGUGCUCUGACCCAAGUGCGAAUGAAUUAGAAAGAAGGUCCCAGAAUGGCUUUCUUUUAUGGAUCUCUGUGAAGCCUUCCUUGGCCAUAGACUGAACUAGCAGGGAACGCAGCCUGAAGGAACAAAGGUAGACACAGCACUAGUAACCCAGACACACGGUGCUGGGACUGCCCUGGGAGCACGGUGGGCUCCUCCAGGGAGGGGAGGGGACGAAUCCUGGGCCAAACGGACAUUGGAAGGACGCAGAAGAGAUGCCACUGCUGACACACCACUACCAGCCAGCCUGGGAAGGCUCUGGAGAGACCCUACAAGACAACAGAGGGAGCGACACUUGAAUGUAGAACAGGGAGGAAGCCCUGUCCCUGCCCCAUCCAGCCAGCCCCUACUCUGGCCCCCGGACUGUGUGUUGGGGGCCUAGCAGUAGAAUUCUUGGCUACCCUUGGCUUUCAGAGCCAAUAUGGCUCGCUCUCCCCUAUGGGUUAUGUCUUAAGGCCCAUGCUAGAAGUUGAGACUGGUUCCAAAAAACCUCUUCUGACCUGUUGGCAGCCAACUCCCAGGACCCACCAUCUCUAUGGUACUGUAGCAAGGGGGGCUCCCUCCCCUUUCUGUGCCUUCUUUGUACAUAGGCUUCUCACAGUGACCAAUAAACAGCUCCCGGUUUGUA